CUUGUGAUUAACGCUGUCCUCUGGUCUCCAGGAGAGACGCUGGAGGAGCAGAGGGGGAAGAGUCUGAACGUCGCUCAGCCGUCUUCAGGGUACGUCAUCAUUCAGCCGCCCAAGUCCUCCUGUCCGUACCCCUCUCUCCCCUCUGAGGUAAAGCGUCCCGCCCCGCCUCUUCCUCUUCCUCCUCCUCCUCUUCCUCCUCAGUCCUCCUGUCCGUAUCCCUCUCUCCCCUCUGAGGUAAAGCGUCCUGCCCCUCCUCUUCCUCCUCUUCGUCCUCCUCCUCUUCCUCCUGCCACUGAACCCUCUCCCUCAUCCUCCUGUCCGUACCCCUCUCUCGCCUCUGAUAUAAAGCGUCCCGCCCCCCCUCCUCCUCUUCCUCCCCCCUCCUCCUCUUCCUCAGUGGGGGAGUCUUCCUCCGUCCUGCCGGACCUCCUGGAGGACGUCCCCUUCUCUCUGUCCCCUCACGUCCUCACAGUGAUGUCCAGCCUGCAGCUGAUCCCAGACCUGCUGCUGGACCCAGAGCUGAGCUACAACCUGAGCAGCUUCCAGUACGACUUCAGCCUGGAGAACUCCGUGCUGCACCACGCCUAGUCUGCUCACUAUGCCAGGGAAAAACACCUUCAUGUAAAGAGUCCCUCCCCCGUCUUUCUGCUGUCCCUCUUCCUCUAGUGUCCUAUAGCUGUUAGUGCAUGUAAAUGGUCUGCAGAGGCUCAAAUCCCCUGUUCCUGAGCCUAUAGUGACACAUUGUACGUGAUAGGCUAAGGGGCGGGACGUCUCUAAGCUGUUGACCAAUCACCAGAGAGCCGGCCAGCUCACUUAAAAAAAAAAGAGAAAUUGAUACAAAAAAAAAAUUCUGACUUUCAAAAAAGAAUUUGAAUAAGUGUCUUUCCCUGGUUUUAAAGACUGCUUUCUGUUAUUAACCACAUAGCAAAGGAUUAUCUAUUUUGUUUUGUGGAAGCACCAAUAAUUGAAGUAUCUGGAUCCAGACGUCUUGAUAACUCGUAGUGCUGUAGGUGGAAGUUAAAACAAGACGCUGGUCUAUAAAAUACGGACGAAUUUAAGAAGUGAUUCUGCAAAAAACACCGGCUUGAACGACAAAAUAAAAGCCUUUAUUUGUAGUAAACUGCAAAGUCAUCAGGUCAUUUAAGGACGUUGCACUUAAAGCAAUAACUAAUUACAUCUUAGUGACAACAAGCUCCUUCCCACGUCAUUAAACACGGUCUGCAGUGAAUAAGGGACAGAAAUAAUAACCCAAUAUCUAUUCCUGUGCAGCAUGUAGGGAACUGCUUUUACCGACGAGCUCUUGUGCAAUUUAUAUAUAUUUGACAUUUUAGGAAAUACUUUUUGACUCAAACCCUCUCCAUGUUUGAGUUCUGCUUCCCUUCAUUUGUCGUUGCUUUAACCAUUAGUUCACCUGGGUUCAUGGCACUCGUUUAGUUUCUGCACGUGUUACUCCUGCAGACAUCGCCCUGUUCUCGCCGUCAGAGGAUCCAUGUUUACAUUUAAUCAAAGAUACGUUUGAAACCCUUUUAAUAAGUGUGUGUGUGUGUGUUAAUGGAUGCUGUGUGUGAGGUGUGUUUUGCUUUUGGUUGUGUUUUAAGUGUCUGGGAAAAAUCACUUAUUGUAAUUCUUUAAGAGCUGAGACUUUAUUCACCUUAAUAGAAACCAAGUACAUGCUUACCUGCUGUCUUGAUCGAUGAACGCAGUGAAACAACAAACAUACGGACCCUCGUGAUGCCCUAGUUUUAAUUGUCAAAAACCCCAACCUGUCCUCUUGUAAGCCACUGAAAUAAUUAAGUCAAACUAGUAUGACGUAACUCUGUUGUUAUACUGAUGGAAGGACUGCAGGUAAACCUGAGUUUAAAAGAGCAGUUAGUGAAAGUAGCUCAAGUUUCUGCGGGCGUUGUCCUUAUGUUCUAAUCAUUUGGUUCUUUGAGAAAUGAUGGUAAUCAACCAAGUAACAAUCUGUUCUGCUGUAUUGCUGUGAAAUCCUGUAAAAACAUGGGACAUAUCACUUCUGCAUGUGUGUAUGUGCAGAACAUGAAUACCACGGGUGUUUUCUUUUGAAUAAGUGUGUACAUAUGAGCUUUUAAAACUAGUUUUUGCUAAGUAGAAGAAUGCACAAGGUGAGGAUUUAACCCAGGACUUGUCUAUACCUUUGGAUUGUUUGUACAUAAACAAACCUGAUGUGCCUUUAACAAACAGCCAGUCCCUGUCUGAUGGUCUUUUAGGAUGAAGUACUAAUAAAAAAAGGUUGAACCGUC